AUGUUGAAAUCGAUCGACAAGUGUCCAGGUUUGUACUGUGGCCGCACAGUACUGGCCAACAGCUCGCUCAGUGAGUGUGGUGCCUGUUUGCGUGGAUUUCGCGUCAACACGCAGUACAUCUGUACGCCUUGCGAUAAGGACCUUACGUCGCACGAUUGGCUGUACCUGGGUUUUAUGACCAUCCUGCCGUUGAUUAUUCACUGGUUUUGUAUCGAUUUCAAUGCUCACCUGCGGAAAUUCACCAAAGGCGAGCUUAUUCUGCAUGCCAGUGCGUGUGUGGAGGUGUUCUUAUCCGCCUUCCUGACCAUCCUCUUUACCGAUCCCAUCUGGGAGCUGCGGAUCAAUUCGUGUGGUGUGCAGAAGCUUUCCGAUUGGUACACACUCUUCCACAAUCCAACGCCAAACUAUGAGACGACGCUGUACUGCACCCAGGAAGCGGUCUAUCCACUGCAGACGAUGAUAUUCGUGUUCUAUCUGUUCUGCGUCACCUUUAUGAUGAUCAUACGGCCGGGAUUGAACGUAAAAUUCUUGCCAUACCGUGGCAAGCUGGCCGUUUACUAUGCGCUCUACAUUUUCCCCAUUUUAGCUCUGCUGCAUGCCGUUGCUGGUGGGCUAAUUUAUUAUUCCUUCCCUUAUCUAAGUAUUCUCAUUUCGCUCGUGUCCAACGCGCUACACUUCUCGAUCAAGCUGGAUCAAACGAUGAAAUCACUGCUAGAAACAUCGAUUACACAGAUGCGAAAUGCUACCAUCAUACUUGGUCAUUGGAUUCUGUUGGCGUACGGAAUCAUUUCGAUACCAUACGAAAUCUCGUACUUUUCGCUGUUGCUAGUACCAGCACCGGCACUGUUUUACAUUUUCACUGCUAAAUACACAGAUCCAGACAAUUUCAAGUAGUAGA